CCCAUAUGCAUUUCUAUUAAACAUAUAGUAUAACUUCAUUCCAUUCAAAACUGAAGCAAACUUCUGUCGUGAAAACUGCAGCCACAUUGAAGCUUUAUUAAAAGAAGCCAGUUUCAUUCUUAUGAAAACUGCAGAAAGUUAAGCAAAUAUGGAGAAAAGAUCAACUCUUUUAAUCCAUCUACUAUCUCUCAAACCAUUAACUCUUGCCUUAAAAAUCCUAUUUAUCAAACACUCAUCUACCAUUUAUCAAGCAUUCAAAAAAUUUGCUUGAAGUGGAGUAAUACCAACCUGUUUUCAUAUACUGAUGUAAUUUGUUCUCUUCGUUUUUACUUAUUGAAUUGUUUUCUCUUUGUUUUAAUUUUCAAGUCAUGGACUUGAACCAUGAUAAUGACGUUGUUGUCAUGAAAACUAAGAAGAAGAAAAUAAGUUCAUUAUGGACGGAUGAUACUCAUAUGAUAUUUCUUGAGUUAUGCUUGAAUGAGGUUAGAGUUGGGAACAAGCCAACUGGUUACUUUAAUAAAUUUGGGUAUGAGAAUUUGGAAAAGUACAUGAAAGAGCGUACUGGGAAAACUUUCGACCACAAGCAAAUUAAAAAUCAUUGGGAAACUAUGAAGAAAGAAUGGAAGUUGUAUGAUCGUUUAAUGAGACUUGAAUCUGGAAUUGGGUGGGAUCCCGUGAGAAAGACCAUUGAUGCAUCGGAUGAAUGGUGGGAUAAAAAAAUAAAGGACCUUUCCAAGCUAAGAGGGCAAAAUUUAGAGAUGUAUAAGAUGUAUUACGGGCCUUUAUUUCGAGAUUGUGUUGCAGUUGGAGAUAACACUAAGACUCCUUCUAAUUUUGCGAACAUGAUCGAUAAAGAUGAAGAGUUGAUUGAAGGGAAAGGUGAUAGUGACGAUAAAGAUGAAAAAUAAAUAUUACGUUGUUGAUGUUGGAUAUCCAAAUAAUAGAGGUUAUCUUGCUCCAUAUAAAGGAACCAACAUUCGUUAUCAUCUACCAGAUUUUCGUCGUGGAAAAACGGUUGCUAGUCGUGCUCCUAGAGGACCUAAAGAGAUAUUUAACUACCAUCAUUCAUCAUUGAGAAAUGUUAUUGAACGAACUUUUGGAGUAUGGAAGGCUAGAUGAGAGAUAUUACAACAUAUGCAUGUCAAUUACACCUACGAGAUACAAGUGAAGAUCGUGCUAACAUCUAUGGCAAUUCAUAAUUAUAUUAGAAAAAAAGAUACAAGUGAUGAAGGAUUUACCAGGGCGCAACAAGAAUCUUACACUCCAAAUAAUGGUCGAGGAUCUAAUGACAUUAAUGAAGUAAAUGAAGACACAAGUACACAACGUAGAAUAGAUGAUUUAUACAUGAGUGCAGUUAGAGAUAUGAUUGCAGGAGAUCUAACCAAACCAAGAUGAAUGUUUAUUGAAUAUUAAUGUAUUUUUGUAUAAGUUUUACGUUA